AUGUGCCAAGCUCUCCAGCUUCACGGCAGCGGAAUUUGUGAAAUCCGGGCAGGUUUGGCACUCCAGCAAGUAGCAGAGCAGGGCCGUGCCCGCUUGCGAGAGGCUGGGGCUCGGCAGGAAAGGGGAGAGGCUGGACCGGCGCUUCUCUGCCUGGCUGGACAAGGGCUCCGACACCCAAGGCUGCGCAGGAGGCGAGCAUGGACAGUUCAGGACUCUCAGGUGAUCUUUGCUUUGAAUCAGACUCUCUUGCAGCAGGAGAAUCUCCGAGCAGGCAGUCUACAGAUUCCUUACAAUACAGAGGACCUUAUCAAGCAUUACAACUGUGGAGACCUCAACACCGUCAUCUUCAAUCACGAUACUUCCCAAGUCCCAAAUUUCAUCAAUGCAUCUCUGCUACCUCAUGAGCGUAUCACGGCUCAAGAGAUUGACGACUACUUCCGCCAUGAGCUUAUCUACAAGCGGAAUGAGAGGAUGGGCAAGCGAGUGAAAGAUUUGCUGGAAGAGUAUCCAGAUAAAAGCUUCUUCUUUGCAUUUGGAGCUGGUCAUUUCAUGGGCAACAACACAGUCAUAGAUAUUUUGAGGAGAAAGGGAUAUGAAGUAGACCAUACAUCUCCUGGGCAAGCAAUCAGUGGAAAAAAUCGACAGAAAUUAUUGUCCGCCCUCUCCUCGACAUCCCCAGAAUAUGCCUCUUUCAUUAUCUCACAAGAGAUCCAACAACAGCAGGAGGAGGAAGAGGAGGAAGAGUUGUUGCUCGACACAUUAUUGCCCGAAAACAUGGACCUGCUGGAGAAAGCAGAGAGGAAGUACAAGAAGAAGAAGAAGAAACAACCGAAGAAACAGCGUCAGUUCAAUGACCUUUGGGUGCGCAUCGAGGAAAGCACCACUGAGCCACCUCUGCGGAUUCAUAUAAUUAAUGGUUACAUUUCUGUGGAACCUCAGCCACGAGGACACAAGCAAUCCAGACAUAUCCAGGCAGACAGGAGCUGUUCUACCAGACCCUUUCUAUUCUUCUUCACGUCUCCCAAUAGUGAACUCAUUGCCACUGUAACUGUGUCUAUCCACCUUUUUAAAUUAGACACCCUAAAUCAAGAGACAGCAACAAUGGAUUAA